CAGCGCGUAGCAGCUUCACUUGGGUGAAAGAUCGCGAGCAAGCUUCAUUCCACGCCAUGGAGGACUCGAGCAGCUGACGGUUCCCGCAACCUUCUCUCUUCACGCUUUCCUUCGUACGCUCAUCGAUCCGUUAUCAGCCGCGUCAGCGACUUGUCUCAGUUUGAGGAUGAAGAUCAUCAUCGGGCUCGGAGGGGUCACGAACGGUGGUAAAACAACACUGACGGACCGACUGAUCAAGAACCUGCCCAACUGCUGUGUGGUCCAUCAGGAUGACUUCUUCAAGCCCCAAGAUGAGAUUGAAGUUGAUGAAGAUGGCUUUAAGCAGUAUGAUGUCAUCAGCGCUCUGGACAUGGACGCCAUGAUGAGCACCAUCCACGCCUGGCAGCACAACCCCGUCAAGUUCGAACGAUCCCACGGCGUCAACAACUCUCUGGACUCUGAGAUGCUUCCGUGCGCUCCGGACGAAGGCGUUCACAUCCUGAUCGUGGAGGGGUUUCUGCUCUACACCUACGGACCUUUGAUCGAUGUAUUCAACCAGCGAUACUUCAUUUCCAUUCCAUACGAAGAGUGCAAAAAGAGGAGGAGUUCAAGGAACUAUUCCGUGCCGGACCCACCCGGUCUGUUCGACGGACACGUCUGGCCCAUGUAUGUCAAACACACUAAGAUCAUGGAAGACUCCGGGGUUGAUGUCGUGCAACUAGAUGGAGCCAUGUCCAAGGAACAGCUGUACAACAUUGUGUACGGAAACAUUCUGAACGGCAUCCAGAACAAUCUGCCCUGAACAAAGAUCUGUUGAUCGACGAAGCUGCUUUUCAUAUCGACUCCUGCGUUUUACUCCAGCCCUGACAGCGUCGGCAUCGCUGUUGUUUUUAUAUCCUCUGUAUUUAUUGUUAAUCCAGCUGUUAUAAGGCUACAUCUAUAAUCAACAUCAGAACGUUCUGAGCAUGGUUGCAGCUACAAGCAAAUAAAACGAAGCUCCUGCGA